AUGAACCUCCUGGACCUCCCAUCUGAGCUCAUCCUCUCGAUAGCCUACUAUCUCAACGUCAAGCAACUCUCCCGCUUCGCGCGCACAUCCCACCAUGUCCAUUGCCUCGCCAUGCCCCUCGUCUACCGACGCAACGUCAAAUACAGCCACAGCUCCGGUCUCAUCAAGCAACUCGCGCCGCUGGAGAAAAAGAGUCGCUUUGGUUCGUUCUUCGAGGACAUGGAAGUCGAUCUCGACGAGUACGAGCAUCCCUCUGAGCCAACGAGCCCCUCGGGCCUGCCCCUCCCCGUCACAGCCGAGAUCCGUGCGCGGGAUACAGUCAUUGGCGAGUUCGUCAAGUACGGCGCGGAUCUGAAUCUCGUCACGGGCACGAAUGGCUACGGCCAAGAAAAACCCCUGCUGCUUCACGCCGCGGGCGAACGGAACCUCGCCUCCGUGAUCCUCCUCGUCAAACACAGCGCCGACGUCCGAGCUGUAAGCGACUAUGAUCAAAAGGGUGCCCUGCACUGGGCUGCGCUCGGGGGGUGUGCGAAGAUUAUCCGGUACUUAUUGCUUCACGGCGCAGAGGGCGAUAUCCACGCGCGGGACGACGAGGGCCGGACGCCGUUCCACUACGCCGCUAAAUACGGGCACGUUGCUGCAAUGCGCAUUCUUGCUGAAAAUGGCGCGGAUAUCAACGCCGUCGACGAAGAAGGAAACACAGCCCUACAUCUCAUGAUGAUGAAUGGAAAGCCUGCGCCGGACGAUUGGUGCGUUCCGGCGCUAAAGACAAUGUUCGAGCUCGGGGUCGAUACUGAAGUACAGCUUCUCGAGGAUGGAAAGACAGCGCUGCAUAUUGCGGUGUUGAACCAGCGGGACCCGGUCUUUAUCGAGACGUUGCUAGCGGAGGGAGGGAUGGAUCUGAAUUGUCGGACGGUGGAGGGACGGACGCCGCUUUCUUGUGCGGUGGAGAAGGGGGAUAUGUAUGUUUUCAAGAUGCUGCGCGAGGCUGGAGCCGAUGUUAGUACGAGGGAUGAGCAGGGCAGGUCGCUAUUGGACAUGGUGCUGGCUGAUGAUGAGCGUGCGUGGGAGUGCUUGCCGACUUUUCUGGAGGAGGGGCUGUGUAGGAUAGACUCUGAUGUUGGUGGGCAGACGUUGAUGGAGUUUUUAGAGGAGAAGGACUGGCUGUAUACGAUUCGAGGCCGGGUUGAGGGUCUUGAGUUGGAAUGAUCAGAAACAUCUUUGAG